AUGGCAGUAAUGGCGACAAUAAUGAAUAGGCAGCAUUUGCUGACCUACAUCUACCUUCUGGUUUACAUUUCACUCUCCUCGGGUGUUAUUUUGUAUAACAAAUGGGUUCUCUCCACACUGUAUUUUAAUUUUCCGUUUCCGAUAACUCUCACUAUGAUCCAUAUGGCUUUUUCUGGUGGAGUUGCUUUUUUCCUUAUCCGUGUUCUGAAGGUUGUAGCGCCUAUUAAAAUGACAUUUCAUAUAUACGCAACCUGUGUGGUCCCUAUAAGCGCCUUCUUUGCAGCAAGUCUGUGGUUUGGGAACACUGCUUACUUAUACAUUUCUGUGGCUUUCAUCCAGAUGCUUAAAGCCCUGAUGCCAGUGGCAACAUUUCUCGUGGCUGUUACUCUCGGAACUGAGAAAUUAAGGUGUGACGUGUUCUGGAACAUGGUAUUGGUCAGUGUUGGAGUUGUCAUUUCCUCCUACGGGGAGAUACAUUUUAAUGUGCUCGGUACGGUUUAUCAAGUCUCAGGAAUAGCUGCUGAAGCAUUGAGGCUGGUCUUAACUCAAGUUCUUCUUCAAAAUAAAGGCUUGACACUAAAUCCUAUUACCAGCUUGUAUUACAUAGCACCCUGCAGCUUUGCGUUUCUUUUUAUUCCAUGGUAUAUCCUUGAGAAGCCUGAGAUGGAAGCUCCACAUAUGCAGUUUGACUUCUGGAUAUUUUUUUCAAAUGCUCUCUGUGCUUUGGCAUUGAACUUCUCAACAUUCUUAGUGAUCGGUAGAACCGGGGCUGUAACUAUUCGAGUGGCUGGAGUCUUGAAAGACUGGCUACUUAUCUCUCUUUCAACUGUCUUAUUUCCUGAAUCAAAAAUUACAGGACUGAAUGUUAUUGGCUAUGCUAUUGCUUUAAGUGGGGUUGUUUGUUACAACUACCUGAAGAUCAGGGAUGUGCGUACAUCUCUACUUCAAAUUAUUCCCGACGAAUCAGCAAAGGAGCUGCAAAUGGAGAAAAAGGCAGAUGAUGAUGUGAACACCAAUGAAGAUAGUCAAUGGGAUGAUACAGUUUUGGAUUCUCCUCAUUCUCAUUUUGACGAAGAAGCACCUUUAAUGUAUUCAUCACGGAUAUCUCAUCUAGGAAGAAAACCAGCUUAG